GGCGGGGGCCUUUCCCGCCUCCCAUCUUUCUUUCCGUCCCUAUGGAGCAGCUAGCCCCGCCGCGCGACCAUGCCUAGGAAAGCGGGCAAUGGGCAGCUCCCCUUACCCGCCGGCUGGGAGGAGGCGAGGGAUUACGAYGGCAAAGUGUUCUACAUCGACCACAACACCAAGCAGACCAGCUGGAUCGACCCCCGGGACAGGCUAACCAAACCCUUGUCAUUUGCGGACUGUGUUGGGGACGAACUGCCGUGGGGAUGGGAAGCUGCGUAUGAUCCUCAGAUUGGUGUUUACUAUAUUGAUCACAUCAACCAAACGACCCAGAUAGAAGAUCCCAGGAAGCAAUGGAGGCAAGAACAAGAGAGAAUGUUAAAAGACUACCUUUCGGUAGCCCAGGAUGCUCUCAGUACCCAGAAGGAACUGUAUCAGGUGAAAGAACAGAGGCUGGCGCUUGCGCUGGAUGAGUACGUGCGGCUGAAUGAUGCCUACAAAGAGAAAUCAAGCUCCCGGACAAGCUUGUUCUCAGGCUCCUCAUCAAGUACCAAGUAUGACCCUGACAUUCUGAAGGCUGAAAUCUCCACUACCAGAUUAAGGGUUAAGAAGCUGAAGAGGGAACUCUCUCAGAUGAAGCAAGAGCUGCUGUACAAAGAACAGGGCUUUGAAACACUGCAACAAAUUGACCAAAAAAUGUCUGGAGGCCAGAGUGGCUAUGAACUCUGUGAGGCCAAAGCCAUCCUAAGUGAAUUGAAGUCUAUCAGAAAAGCCAUAAGUUCAGGAGAGAAAGAAAAACAAGAUCUAAUGAAGAGUCUGGCCAAGCUGAGAGAGAAAUUCAAUCUUGACCGGACCAUGGGGAGAUCAGAACCGGACUUGAGCUCGAGUUCUGUAAGCUCUCAGCUGUCUUUUUCUCGACCAACUCUGGACGCAGGGUCUCAGACGGACGUUUCUGGGGAGGUUGGAGCAAGAAGUAGAUCCAAUUUAGCAGAAAAGGUCAGACUAAGCCUUCAGUACGAAGAGGCGAAAAGGAGCAUGGCUAACUUAAAGAUCGAACUGUCUAAGCUAGAUAGUGAGGCCUGGCCUGGGGCGCUGGAUGUGGAGAAGGAGAAGCUGAUGCUAAUCAAUGAAAAGGAAGAGCUUCUCAAGGAGCUGCAGUUCGUGACACCRCGCAAGCGGACUCCGGAUGAGCUGGAGCAGCUGGAAGCAGAAAGGAAGAGGCUGGAAGAGGAGCUGCUCUCUGUGAAAAGCACCCCCAGCCAAGCGCUUGCUGAAAGAUUGAAAUUGGAAGAGCGAAGAAAAGAGCUGGUACAGAAACUUGAAGAAACUACAAAGUUAACUACUUAUUUGCAUUCGCAGCUGAGGAGCCUCUCGGCUAGCACGUUGUCUGUGUCUUCAGGGAGCAGUUUGGGAUCUCUGGCAUCCAGCCGGGGAUCCCUGAACACCUCGAGCAGAGGGUCGCUCAACUCGCUCAGCUCUACGGAUCUCUAUUAUAACCAAGGCGAUCCGAUAACAGAUUUGGACUAUCAGUAUAAACUUGACUUCAUAUUGCAAGAAAAAAGUGGUUACAUUCCGUCGGGGCCUAUCACAACUAUUCACGAAAAUGAAGUGGUCAGUUCCCAUGGGAGACUGGGUUACAGUGACUCUCCUUCAGCUUCCGACCAUCCAAAAUUGACUGAACCUCCCAAAUCUGUGACGUCGCUGUCGUCAAGAUCCUCGCUGUCUUCCUUGUCCCCGCCAGGCUCCCCUUUGGUUCUGGAAAGUGAAUUUUCAAUGUCAGCUCAGAAUUCCCCUCUGCAUCACCUCGCUGCAGACUUUGAAGACUGUGACCUGCCGGCUGAUUUUGCAGCCAUUAAUCUCUGUGAGAACCAAAUGUUACUGGACUCUGAUGCCAGAGCGGGAUCUCGGAUCCCUACAGAUGAUAAAGAUCUUAAUGAGAGCAUUAGGCAAGCUCUGCCUCCUCUACAUGAAGGAAGCGCAGAUGUUGACUUACCCAGAAGAGCAGCUAGUCACCUGCUUGAGGAGAAAGCAGCUUGUGUAUCUGCUGCUGUGUCUGAUGAGUCGGUGGCUGGAGAUAGUGGGGUGUAUGAAGCUUCUGUGAAACAACCAAAUGAAGCUGAGGACCUUGUCUAUAGUGAAGAUGAUUCGACGRUUCUAGAGGCUGCCCAGGUACAAAUAGGACUCAGGUAUGACCCCAGCAAUUCGAGUUUUGUGGUGAUCAUAGUCCRGCUCAGAAAUCUCCCAGCAUUUUCGGUCCCCCUUGGCUCUAAAGUGUAUGUUAGAGUAGCUGUGCUUCCAUCCUCAACUGACAUCAGCUGCCUGUUCCGCACUAAAGUUCAUCCUGCCACGGACGCGGUUCUGUUCAGCGAGGUGUUCAGAGUGGCCAUUUCCCAGGGAGCGCUGCUGCAGAAGACCCUGAGGGUGGACGUCUGUGCCGUCAGUAGAAGUCGUCGGGAGGAGUGCUUGGCUGGAACUCAGAUCAGUCUGGCAGAUUUAUCACUUUCUGAUGGGACUUGUACUCUGUGGUACAACUUGCUGCCUUGCAAGCGGAUUCCUGGCAAAAAAAGCAAGGAGCAAAAUGAAGAAUCCCUGUUUCUGUUAAGCAAGCAGUCACCAGACUCCGUGGACUUGGAUGCUGUGUCAGCUCUGCUGGAGAGAACAUCGGCCGAGCUGGAAGCAGUGGAACAAGAACUGGCCGAAGAUGAGGAAGAGGAAGAACAGGAGCAAAGGGGCUCUGAGGAGGACUGGUUAGAAAUGCUUGUGGAGGCAGCUGAUGAAGUUGUGGAUGAAGAGGAAGGUGGCACUAAGCUGCCAGCAGAAGGCAGCCGUGCCGGCGAUGAGGGGGUGUGCGCCGAGGCAGCCCAAGACGAGGGCAGAGGGAACAGCGCUGAGGCCCAGGAAAGCCACCGAGCAACCCUAGCACUGGCACUGGUUGAUAAAGAGACUAACACGGAAGAGCCGGUUGAUGAGAGCGCAGCGGUGCGACCCAAGGACAGAGGCAGCUGGAGCUCCAGACAGCGCCCCUUUGUCAGGAACAGCAUGAUCGUGCGCUCGCAAACCUUCUCGCCAGGCGAGCGGAACCAGUACAUCUGCAGGUUGAAUCGAAGUGACAGCGACAGCUCAACACUAGCCAAAAAAUCGCUCUUUGUGAGAAAUGCCACYGAGCGGCGGAGCCUCAGAGUGAAACGGCCGGCGUGCCAGGCGAUGCUGCGGCGGGCGGCGCGCGACGGCCCCGCGCGCACCUCCCUCGACCUGGAGCUGGAGCUGCAGGCGUCGCGCACGCGGCACAGCCGGCUCAACGACGAGCUCCAGGCCCUGCGGCGUCUGAAGCAGAAGCUGGAGGAGGUGAAAGGCGGCGCAGAGAACGACCUGCCCCCGUGUGUGCUGGAGGACGAGCGAUUCCAGAGAAUCCUGCAGCAAGCCGAAAAGCAGGCUGAACAGUGCAAGGAGGACCAUAAAGGAGGGUUAAGUGCCGAGAAGCUGAUGAGGAAAGCGUCCAAGGACGUGUGUCGCCUACGGGAGCAGAGCCAGAAAGUGCCGCUGCAAGUGCAGUCAUUCAGGGAGAAGAUAGCAUACUUCACAAGAGCAAAGAUCAGCAUACCAGCCCUUCCAGCUGAUGACGUGUAAAUCAUGCAUUUUCAUUGAAGUGGUUUUCUACUUGCUCAUCCUUUCUUUUAGAUGAACUUUGUAGUUCUAGUGACCUGCUUUUAAAGAUCUUC